GGGCAGGUGGGCGAUGCCCAAACUCUGUGCUACCCCCCAGGGCAGGGGACCCCAAAAUCCCGCAGAUCACCCAGCCCGGGCGGGUGUCCCUGCACCGUGGGAGCUUGGGGGAUGUGACCCCCCCACGGCACAGCCGGUUCAGGGCUCACCGCGUCCUCCGACGCCUCAUUUCACAACGCGCCUGAUAAACAACAGCUUGUGGGAGCGAGUGCCCGGCGCGCCGGCGGCACCGUGCCAGCCCGGGCGGCACCCACAGCUCCGGACCCCCGCGUCCCCUGCGGGGGCAGCGGCUGCUCACGGGGGUGAGCGGGCCAUGGGAGGACGGGGGGGACCGCUGAAGGUCACCAGGGGACAGGGUGACAUCCCCCAGCCCGCGGUGAGGUGAGGGAGCGGCUGCSCUGGCCCGGACAUUGCGGGGCUGGCUCACCAUAGCGACCUGUGCCCGGCAGCAGCGCCCGGGCAUCGCCCCGCGGCUGGGGAGGCACUGGCGAGAUGGAGGGGGACGCAGGGACCGGCAGGGGACAUCAGCGUGCCCAGCCCUCCUUGUGCUGCUGGGGAAACUGAGGCAGUGGGCGCUCCGGAACAGACAGGGCAGAGCAGGGACACGCACGCAGCACACACGGACUCACACUCGUGUCACACGUCACACCCCGUCCACAGCCGCUCCUCCGUGUCCCCAGAGGUGGCCGMGGACCCACCUGUCCCCGUACCACCAUCCCUGACGCUCUGGGGUGGGGCCGAGCUCUGUCACGGUCACUCGGAGCUUCCCAGGUGACCCCUUCCCUGGCCCCCGCGGGAGCCACCGGGCCCGGUGACGUCCCUGUGCCCMGCCAGCCCAGCCCGCGGCUCUGCCCGUGGCUCUGCCCACGGCGCUCUCCCUCCGCCCCGUGCCCCGCGCCCCGGGAGGCUGUGCCAUGCAGCGGGUGCCGGCAGAGACAGGGACACCGGCGGGGACACGGGCACCGGCGAGGACAGGGACACCGGCGGGGACACGGACACCGGCGGGGACAGGGACACCAGUGGAAACACAGACACCGGAGAGGACACGGAAACCGGCGGCAACACGGACAGCGACACCGGUGUGUCCGUGGGAAGCACCAGGAUCAGRGAAGGUGGCACCGCACGCCCGGCGGGUGGCACUGGAGCCACCCAGCCGAUCUCUGGUGGAAUAUGACGGUCCCAGUGCCCAACAGCACAGCAGUGUCGUGGGCACGGCCGGAGCUGGAGCCAGAGCCGGAGCUGGAGCGGUCACCCUGCCUGGUCGGCAUCGUCCCCAUCGUGUACUACAGCGUCCUGCUGGGCCUGGGGCUGCCAGUGAACAUCCUGACCGCCGUGGCCCUGUCCCGCCUGGCCACCAGGACCAAGAAGUCAUCGUACUGGUACCUGCUGGCCCUGACCACCUCCGACAUCCUCACCCAGGUCUUCAUCAUCUUCGUGGGCUUCAUCCUGCAGACGGCCAUCCUGGCGCGGGCRGUGCCCAGCGCUUUCAUCCACACCGUCAACGUGCUGGAGUUCACGGCCAACCAUGCCUCCACCUGGGUCACCGUGCUGCUGACCGUGGAUCGCUACGUGGCCCUGUGCCACCCGCUGCGCUACCGCACCGUGUCCUACCCGCGGCGCACCCGCAAGAUCAUCGCGGCCGUGUUCGCCGCGGCGCUGGCCACCGGCAUCCCGUUCUACUGGUGGCUGGACGUGUGGCGUGACGCCGACCCGCCCACGGCGCUGGACACGGUGCUCAAGUGGCUGCACUGCGUCACCAUCUAYUUCCUGCCCUGCAGCAUCUUCCUGGCCACUAACUCCAUCAUCAUCCGCAAGCUGAAGCGGCGGAGGCGGGCGGGGGGMGGCAAGACCACGGCCCUCCUGCUGGCCGUCACCACCGUCUUCGUGGUGCUCUGGGCUCCCCGCACCGUCGUCAUGAUGUGCCACCUCUACGUGGCCUCGGUCAGGAGGGACUGGCGCGUGCACCUGGCCUUGGACAUCGCCAAUAUGGUGGCCAUGCUCAACACCUCCUUCAACUUCUUCCUCUACUGCUUCGUCAGCCAGACUUUCCGCCACACGGUGGGCGAGGUGCUGCGGGGACAGCCCCGGCACGGCCCCCGCCSUGGCAGCGGCCACUUCCCAGCCCCGGCCCUGAAACCGCUGAAGCUGCUGGGCAGCACCGCACUCUGAGACGGGACAGUGCCCUGGAGGUGCCCACUCAGCCCCCACAUGCCCCCGGGACCCAGGGGAACGCUGCCACGGGGACAAAGCUGGAGUUAACGCUGGUGGUGGGGGCAGAAGGAGAUGGCUGUGCCCAGACACUCCUUUGGGGACAUGGUGGUGCCUGCCUGGCAGCGGCACUCCAGGGUUGGCAGCUCCGCCCUGCCCGGGCUCAGCCCCUCAUGCGACAGUGGAAUUCAUCCAGGGAGCCCCUCCAGGACACGCCCCAGCUCGGGGUCCCGAGGGUCCCGCAGAGCCCAGGGGCUGCCCGUGGUGAGGGGUGGUGGGUACAGGGAGCUCCUGCGAGCCCUGAGGAGGGCGCGGUGCCCGCUGGGUGCCACCCCAUAAACUGCCCUGCUCAGACCAACACUCUGCCUGGUCCGGCUCCCUGUGGGGACGGGGCCAUCCUGCAGCAGCACCUCCGGCACAGGGUCCGUCUGUCCUGCCCACCCCCGURCCCCUGCCCUGCUGCCCGGGGGUGCCAGAGGGAGCUCCCAGGGUCUGGUGUCCCCAGCAGUGGGGUCUGG